AUACUUUAUUGUUUCUUAUCAAUAUUAUCAAUUUGUCGUGUCAAGCUUGGUGUGCUAAAACUUUUCUCUCUUAAGAUUUCUGUGUUAUAAAAUUGUUGAAGCGAAAUAAAUCCUAAUGUAAUACAUCAAGUCAAACCAGAUAAGAUAAAAAAUAAACAUAAGCCAACGACUGCACAACGGCAGUGUACUAGAGGACGGCCAAUAUCAAAGUUCGUUGUUCUAUAGAUGAGAUAAUACUGAUUUCACGAAACCAUUCUUACAAAAAAAAAAAAAAAAUUUAAUAAUGUCACGCAGUAAAAAAUUUGGAGAUUUAGUCGGAUCCAUCGACGAAGGUACCAGUUCGGCAAGGUUUAUUUUGUUCCGCGCAGAGACUACUGAAAUCGUAUGUUUUCACCAGAAAGAGUUACGUCAGAUAUAUCCUCAAGAAGGAUGGGUUGAACAAGACCCUAAAGAAAUUCUAGCCGUCGUUUUGGAAUGCAUCGAAAAAACCCUCGAGAAACUCCAGCAGCUUGGCGGAAGUUUGGAAGAUAUAGUAGGAGUUGGUGUAACCAACCAACGUGAAACAACAAUAGUCUGGGACAAAACCACUGGUGAACCAUUGUAUAACGCUGUUGUUUGGCUUGAUAUGCGAACAUCUUCAACAGUCGAUCAACUGCUAGAAACUGUACCGAAUAAAACGCGGAAUAAGAAUUAUUUGAAACCACUUUGUGGACUGCCGUUAUCACCUUAUUUUUCAGCUGUAAAGCUUCGCUGGUUGAUUGAUAAUGUACCAAAGGUUAAAAUAGCUAUUAGAAACAAAACCUGCCUUUUUGGAACGGUGGAUACGUGGCUAAUAUGGAACUUGACCGGCGGUCCGCAUGAUGGUGUUCAUGUUACUGAUGUAAGCAACGCAUCACGAACUAUGCUGAUGAACAUCGAAACUCUUCGCUACGACAAAACGCUGGGCAAAUUUUUCGAUAUACCCUUCGAUAUUUUACCCGAAAUCCGAUCAAGCUCUGAGAUUUACGGUCUAAUACGUUUGAAGGGCUUGGAGAAUGUACCGCUUUGUGGUUGUCUCGGAGACCAACAAGCUGCCCUAGUAGGCCAAGAAUGCUUAAGCCGUGGUAAAGCAAAGGCAACAUACGGGACAGGCUGUUUCCUAUUAUACAACACUGGAAAUGCUUUAAUCGAAUCAACACACGGACUCAUCACGACUGUAGCUUACCAAAUGGGACCUGACGAUGUGCCGACAUACGCUCUUGAGGGAUCUGUAGCAGUCGCCGGUGCCGCUCUUGGUUGGCUGCGGGACAACAUGGAUCUUUUGAGUAGCGCAAAGGAAUCCGAAGAGUUAGCAUUAUCUGUAGAGAAUAACGGCGAUGUGUAUUUUGUACCAGCUUUUAGUGGACUUUAUGCGCCGUAUUGGAAUCAAGAAGCCCGAGGAGUGAUUUGUGGUAUUGCUGAAGAUACGCAGCGCGGUCAUAUAGUUCGCGCUAGUCUCGAGGCGGUCUGCUUUCAGGUGCGAGAUAUCCUGGACGCUAUGAACAAGGAUUGUGGGUUUCCUCUCGUUAAGCUCAAGGUAGACGGCGGAAUGACUGUGAAUUCUCUUUUGAUGCAGUGGCAAGCUGACCUGAUUGGAUUGGAAGUGCAGAAACCAGUCGUGGUUGAAACAACAGCGUUGGGUGCUGCUAUGGCCGCGGGACGGGCUGUUGGUUGCUGGGAUAUCGAGAACGUUAGCGUUGAGAGUAAUUGUACUUCGUUCAAACCGCAGAUUUCGGAGGACGAGCGAGAUAUGCGAUACAACAAAUGGAAGAUGGCCGUUGAACGUUCGUUUGGUUGGGAAGGAAAUGCUUUAGGUUGAAUCGUUCAAAGCGCAUUAUGGAAAAGUUUUCGUUUUACUUAGAAAAAGAGUUUUACUUUUUUUCUCAAAUAACACAUUUUAUUGACUUUCCAUAUUUGUAAAUAAGAAGAAAAACGAAUGGAGGAUAAAUAAGGAGGAUUUUAGUUGUUAUCGCAGUUCUGUGUACGGUAGUAUUAUGGGGAAAAGAAAUAUAUGGUUAAAUCGCGUAAAACGUCUUAAUUGUCUGUUCAAAAUAAAGAUAAUAAAAUGAUUACAUUAUUUCAACAA